AUGCCAACAUUCCUGAAUCCCAGGUAUUCAGUUGUGCUCGCCCUGCAGCUAACCCUGCUUGCCAUUGACGUCUUCUGCAAUGCAUUUAUGCUGCUGGCAAGCAGAAUUCAAGCUGUACUAGUAGUGUUGGUGAUAAUACAAGAUAUUGCCCUGGUUGCCUGUCUCGUUCUUUUGCUAUUGGCCUUCUUCAACACAAUCAUCUUCAAAGCCGGGCUGAUUUCGGUACUAUUUCGUAAAUUUUCAGCCACGCUACUGAUUGGUGUAGUGUAUCUGGUUCUGACAGUCGUGUACCAGAUUUGGUUUGUGGCAGUUCAGUGGAAUCGUGCAAACGAAUACAAUUGGACCCAACUCCUACAGACGGUGUACGUACUCCACCGACUGGUGGCCGUUGUCUUUUACUACAUGUACAAGAGAGCAGCCCUGAGGCUAGGAGACAGUCAGUAUUAUGAGGACUCUCCACUUUUGAGAGAUCGCUAA